AUGUUAAUUUUCUUUUUGAAAAUACCGUCAAAAAGAUUGUUCAGUCAUAUUAUAAUCAAAAGUAUAGGAAUAGGAAGUUUCUUGAUUAUAUUAUUGCGUACAUUAUAUUAUCUGUCAAUUCCACCUGAGAUACACAUAUAUAAUUCAAACCAUAUCCAAAUAAAACGAUACAAUGCCAGUCAUGUUUGUGAAUAUCUUUUCAGGAACUCUACUAUGAAUCAUAGUCAUGAAAUUUUUGACAGUAAUCAAUCGUUGUGGAAUGACGAAAAUUUCAGUUUAUCAAAUCCAUACAGUUGCAAACAGUUUAAGUUGUUCUAUGGUUAUACUGUUAAUUUGUCAAAAGAAGAAGAACAAUUUCCACUGGCAUUCAGUAUAGCUAUACAUCAAAGCAAUAAACAAGUAUCUCGUCUCCUUCGCUUGAUUUACAGACCACAUAAUUUAUAUUGCAUUCAUGUAGAUUCGAAAUCUCCGCAAACAUUACAUGAUGAAGUUUUAAAUUCUGCUAAAUGUUUCGGUCCUAACGUCAUAGUGGUUAAUAGAUCAGAAAGUGUAAAUGUUCAAUGGGGUUAUUUUUCCAUACUUGAAGUGUUUCUUUUAUGUGCGGAUAAAUUAUUAAAUAAUACUGACUACAUGUGGAAAUACAUUCUAAAUCUAAGUGGACAAGAACUGCCUUUAAGGACAAACUGGGAGUUGGUUGCAGCAUUGAAAGCCGUAAAUGGUUCGAAUGUUGUAGAAGGUCUAGGCCCUCGGUUUAACCGUGAUAGAUGGCCUAAUAAGAAAUUUGAAUUUCCUAUUGUUUGGAAUAAAGGAAGUUUCUAUAUGGCAUUAAGACGAGAAUUAAUACAAUUUUAUAAAACUGAUUUAAAGUCACAAAUAAUACUUGAUGCAAUCAAAGCUGAAAAACAUUUACGAAAACAUCCAGAUGAAUUAUAUUUUCCUACUUUAAAUUAUAAUCCUCAAUUCGGUGCACCUGGUGCUUGUAUAAAUAAUAAUAAUAAUUCAUCAUCUCCAUUUAUAGCACGUUAUGUAAUUUGGGGCAUGAAAAAAUGUGUUAGUCAAUACACUCGUCGAAGUGUAUGUAUAAUUGGUAAAGCUCAUCUACCGUUUAUACCAUCACGAAUGGAAUUUUUUGCAAACAAAUUUCAUGAAAAUUUUCAACCAAUUGCAUAUGAUUGUAUAGAAUAUUAUAUUAUGAAUAAAGUAAUCAAAGAAAUGCAAACAAACCAAUUAGAUCCAAAUUUUAAUGUAACAUUUUAUUCUAGACUGCAUUGUUCUAGUAAUCAUAUUUAAUAUUGAAUCAUUGAUUUCUAUUCAUCAAUAUUUGUUCCUAUAAAGUUCAAUUAUCUACAAAUAUAUCAAAUAUGUCAUUUCUUAUUCUUGUUUAACCAAUGAUCUCGAUAAUGUAAUAGGACAAAGAUUAUCAGAACCAUGUGAUAUAUGAGCGCAAUACAUGUUGAACAAACUUAUUACAUUAUUGAAAUUUAUCAAAGGGACUAAUUGCUUUAACCAAUGAUUACUUUAUUUUGGGUAAAUUUGUAUAAUUUUUGUAACUAAGAUGAAUCAUACAGGUGAUAUAUUGAAUAAUCAAGACAUUUACUGUACAGUUAAAUAUUUAAUGCUUUGUUUAAACAUAUCAUAUUAAUACAAUACAAUUUCAUACUGCAU